AUGAGGAAAGGAUUAUUCCACACCAAGGAGGAAUAUAUCUUCUUUGGAGAAGAAAAUAGGCUGAAAGUAUUUCAGCCAAAUACAUCCAAUUUCAAGCCAAAGGCUCAUAUCAAGCUUGAUGAAGUUCAACGCUGCAUAUUGGAUAAUUUUUGGUUCCAAUAUACCACCAAAAGAGAAGAAAUGGGAUAUAUGUUAUCAAUUCUGUAUAGCUUGGUAGAAUAUUUUAGCGAACUAAACAAAAAAUUGCCAAAUCCAAAAGAGACUGAAAUACCAAAAGGAGAAACACUAUAUCUUAUAUUUUAUGAAAAUAAACCUGGCACAUAUUUGGAAUGGGAAAAAUAUUGUGAUUGA